AUGUAUCUUUUGCCGAAUGACGAACAAGAGCAAGAUCGCUUGGAUUUGAGUCAUCAUAUCUAUCGCAUGCUUCUGAAAGGAGAGCUAUGUCGCGCCCCGAUCAAAAACCCCAAACGUGUGCUGGAUAUUGGCACCGGGACAGGGAUAUGGGCGAUCGACUUUGCCGAUGAACACCCGGAUUCAGAAGUAAUUGGAAACGACCUAAGCCCCAUCCAACCAUCCUGGAUCCCGCCCAACUGUCGCUUCGAAGUCGACGACUUCGAGCAGGACUGGUCCUACAGUCAGCACUUCGACUACAUUCACGGUCGCGAACUGGAAGGCUGCAUCGGCGACCACGACCGGCUGUUCCGUCAGGCGUUUGAGAGUCUGCGCCCGAACGGAUACUUCGAGAUCGCCUCGUUGGAAGUGAACACGUACUCGGACGAUAAUACGCACCUGCAAGCGCCGUGUCUGCUCGAGGGCGUUAAGAACAUGCACGCCGCGUCGAAAAUGUACGGGAAGGAUAUGACGACGGUGGUGCACUGGAAGGAAAUGAUGGAGAAGGCGGGCUUUAUUAACGUCCACGAGGAUGUGUAUAAGGUAGGUUUCCCUUUCCAUGUCCCUCGUCGUCAGGCCGUCUCUAACUAA